AUGUCUCUCAAACGCAAAGCAACUACAAAUCCUACCAACGACGCCAAAAAACCUAAAGCAAACGGAUCAAUUACUUCGUUCUUCGGUCCACCAAAAACCGUUUCUUCGACUACCAAAGGUUCUACUACACCAGCACCAGCAGCAUUGAAAUUCAACAAGGAAAAAUGGAUAGCUACAUUAACAGAAGAACAGAAGGAUUUGUUGAAAUUGGAGAUUGAAACACUACACGACAGCUGGUUGGCAGUAUUAAAAGAUGAGAUUGUAGGAAAAGAGUUUCUGGAAUUAAAGAAGUUUUUGAAAAAGGAAUUGGAGGGAAAGGAUAAGAUAUUUCCCCCAAUGGAAGAUGUUUACUCUUGGUCAAGACAUACACCUUUUCACACCGUCAAAGCCGUAAUUAUCGGCCAAGAUCCAUAUCACAACUUUAAUCAAGCUCAUGGUCUCUGUUUCUCCGUGCGCGCUCCUACACCAGCUCCACCUUCUCUCAAGAAUAUUUUCAAAGCCCUCGCAAAAGAUUAUCCAGACUUCAAACCUCCUCCAAAUAACGGUGGUCUUCUUACUCCCUGGGCAGAUCGCGGUGUUCUUCUCAUCAAUACAUGUCUCACAGUGCGAGCUCACCAAGCCAAUUCCCAUGCAAACCACGGCUGGGAAAGAUUUACUCAAAAAGUUAUCGAUACAGUUGCUUUUAAGAGGAAUAAAGGAGUGGUGUUCUUGGCGUGGGGAAGUCCUGCGGGGAAAAGAGUGGCGAAAGUGGAUAGGAAGAAACAUUGUGUGCUGAUGAGUGUACAUCCUAGUCCUUUGAGUGCGAGUAGGGGAUGGUUUGAUUGUGGACAUUUUAAGAAGACGAAUGAGUGGUUGACUGAACAUCAUGGGGAAUAUGCAGUCAUUGAUUGGAGUUUGAAUAUUCCUACUGCUGAAGCGGGUGUGUGA